UAUGGGGAACUAUUUACAAACAUUCAAACACUGCAUAAUUUGGGAAUGAUUAAUAUUUAUCCACAUUUCAGAAUGAAGACUGGUCAUUAAUUUUCAGAUUAUCUACCCAUUUCUAUUGUGCUGGUCUAUUAUGCAGCAUAGAUUCCCUUUCACAAUUAAAGGUUUGAGUACAUAACAUUGAAGACACAUAUUGUAGCUUGUAGGUUUCCUCUAAUUGAUUUUUCUGAACAAUAAAUUGGAAAGAUUAUCUGGUCAAUAUGAUAUGCUGCUGGUUUGCAAAGAACAUUUAGUAUGCUGUUUCAUGGGUAAAGCUUUCUGUAGAAAGUUGUUGGGUAGAAUAGCACAGAAACAAAACUUGAGGGUAUUUAGAUAAUGGUUGUAUUUCAGACUGCUUAUGGAAUGGCAAAAUAGGAAACAUCAUUAAAAUAGAAGACUGCUCAGAAACUUGACUUUUUGCCCUGACAUUUGCUAAUACUGGCAUACCAAUAGUCUUUAUAAAUAAAAAUGGUACCCAUACUACACUAAGUUCAACCCUAAAAACUUGUGAAUAUUGCACUUUUUAGACAGACCACAUUUUGGUUUUCUCUCUCUAUAACUGCAUUAAAUAUUCUCCUGUGUCAGGAAAUACUUUCUUCAGCUUUCUUCAUGCUUAAAGUAUUGAAGGGGAUUUGCCUGUAUGUUUUAGGUUGUUUUUCUGAGAUUACUACUGCUGAAACUUCCUCUGUGUUGCAUAUAGUUUUCUAAAAUGAGAUUUAAGUUCAGUGAACAGUUCAAUGCCUGCUGUAAUAUCAGCAGGCAUUAAAUUCCUUCAGUCAGAAUGUCUGUUCAGGCAGCUUUGAUCAUCUUCAGAUGAGCAGAACCUAGCAGUUGUUUAAAGCACUGAGGAAAAAAGGUAGUAUGCAGAUAGGAUUUCUAAAAACUUAUGACAUGUAAAGUAGAGUUUGAAGAAUGAGAGUCUCAUACUGUGACUUUCUGGCAUGUGGUAAAUAUUCAAGCAAUAAUAAAAAAAAAAAAAGUGGAGAGAGAAUUGAAUGAAGCUACAGAAUAACUCAGGCAUCAAGUCCCAGCAUAUACAGACUCUUCUGAGAGACUGUGAGAAUGCUGGGAGUUUGACCUGUACAUGCUGCGGCUGUGUUUCAGUAGCAAUUCAUCUGUUUUUCCAUAAUAGCAGGAGUUUUCCUGCUGCUGCUUGUGCUUUAAUGUGCUUUAGUUGUAAAUUGUCUCCAAGCACUGCUUGCAUUCCUGAGUCAAAUGCCAGUUAAGUUGAACACAGUUCUCUCUGCUGAAUGCAAGGUAUGUAUUUGAUGUAGAUUCUACAUGAUGGUUGUAUCAGAAGUAGUAUUUGAUCAGAAUAAUAGAAAAGUAAGGUCCUUCAGAGACCAAUCCAUCUGCUUGGUUUUUAUUGAUAUUUGCCAGAAAAAGAGACCAAAAAUGUGUUAGGGAAUGCAAGGAGCAAGACUGAUAGCAUUCAGUAUAGAUUGCUGAUCAAGAAAACAUUAUUAAUCAUCAUUAGAUCCAGUAUGAUGGUAAAAGUCUACACCUCUGCUGUUUUGACAGACUAAAUUCUGAGGCACAUGCAGCAGUAGGUAUAUAGGCUCCUUACAGUCUCACGUAGAAAAAAAAUCUGUACAGAGUUUAACUGCAAAGGAAAGUUAGAAUUUAGAAACAUAACAUAAAAAUAUAAUUAUAUGUUUAGAAACAUAGGAAAGUUAGAAUUUCGUCAGGGCUAGAUUUGUACAAUGAAUCAGGAAAAUGUGAUUCCUGCCUUGAGGAUAUUUCUGGUUCUUAGCUUUGUCCUAAACUGGGCUGAUAUUUAUAUAUUUAUCUAAAUUAUAAAAUGAAGGAGCUGCAGGAAAACAGUAGUAGGAAAAAAUGAAAUUACCUCACAAAAUUGUUUCUGUUUCAUAGUAUCAUAAUGUAUUGAAGUGAGAAUUUUACAAGGUGUUAAAGAGAGAAGCAGAAGUAGAUUGAUAGAUGCUUUUCAUUUAACAUUUGCCCUUUUUUCCCCCCUAUGUUUCCAAGUAUGUAACAGCAGAGCUACCUUCGAGUUUAUUGUGAUUUAAAUGGUGGCAAUUCUGCUAGUAAAAUGAAAGUUGGGUUGCAUUAGUAUUCAUAGCACAGGGGCAGGCUGCAGGACAAAACUAAUCUGAUUAUGUGACUGGUUAGCAAAUGAACAAUCAACGACCUGGCAUGAACCUAAGUUGGACUUUGUUCAGAAGUGUUAAUGUUUGAUUGUUAUGUGUUGUGUAAUCUUCUGAAUAUUGUGUUCUCUUUAGUAUUUUAAUUAUAUAGUUGUGUUCCACAUGUGAUUCUGGAGGCCUUUUGCAGCAAACAGGAAAUAGUAUGCUGAAUAAAGAGAUUUGAACCUUGGUUAAGGUAAAAUGUUAGUGCUAUGAACUGUGACAGCUGUUUAUGAGCAUCAGCUGUCUGGAGUUUCAUGUCAUUGUGUAUUUGAAGAGGAAGGGAUGACUGGACACUGUGUUGCCUAAGCAAGGUGGCUUUACUUACAAGCAAGAUUUUUAUAAGGUACAGCACUGGGCAUGUGUUUUUUAAUAUACAGAUGGGGAGGAUAUUCUUGAAUUAACAAUGCAGUAAGACUGCUGAGUAGAUGGGAUUGCAUACAACAAAAAUUGCUUCCAUAUUGUGUGAUAAAACAGACUUUGUCCAAGUGACCUGCAUCUUUGACAUCAGUUAAAUGCAGUUGUAACUUGUAAUCAUAUUUUUCAGCUGAUGCCAUUUUGGAUACACACAGAAGCCUUUAUAUUAAAGGUUAGAACCAAACCAAGAAAAGAAACCCACACCAAAAAUAAACCUACCCCAACAACGUGAAAAAUUCUCAGUGAUACAUUUUUUUAAUGUAUAAACAGCGAUGAUUAAUGGUUGUUAGGAGAGCCUGGGAAGUAAAUAGAAAACUCAGUUUCUGUAUUUUGUUCCAAUUAAAUCUCCUGCAUAUAGAUUAGCAAGUGCAUCUUUUUAGUGAAAACCAAAGUCAAAACAAAACACGUUUACAUAAGCUGUAUGAUUGGCAGUUAUCACUUUCUACUGUCCUUUUGAUCUUCAAGUGAAACUUUAGCAAUCCCAGAUUUGCUGAUUUUACCAUCCAGAAGGAAGAAUCUCUGUGAGAAGAGACUGGACAUUUAAGAGAGUGUGAAAAACACUAUGUAGCAGCUGUGAGAGAAGAGUGACAAAAAUCUGAGAGAAACAGCCCUGCAGACACAAAGGUUUAGGAGAAGGAGGUCCCUGAUGGAACAGAUUCCAUGUGGAAAAAGACCGUGGUAACCCAGGUCGUUGCUGAAGCCAUGGAGGACUACAGGGGAGCAGGUAUCAGCUCUGCAGCCACUGAAGGACCCCUUGGCUGGGGUGCAGGUGGAUCUACCUUGAGGGAAUCUGUGCUCUGUGGAAAGCCCCCACAGGAGCAGGCUUCUGGCAGGAGAUUCCACCCAUGGAAGGGAGUCUAUGCAGGAGUAGGUAUUGUGGCUACUACAUUUCUGCUACAUUAACUAGACCCAGAAUAACACAAUAACACACUAGCUAGUCCCAGAAAAACAGAAUAACAGAAACCUGUAUGAAUUAGUUACCUUGUGUAAAGGCUUGGUAAAGAAGGUUCAUCUGCAGAACAUCUGCAGAUGAAAUAAAAUGUAAGAAAUCAUUAAAAUAGGGGGAGAAUAUGGAAUCAUUCAUGUUUUUGACAGUUAAGGUAAAUCAUACCUGGUCUCUAAUUUUGCUCUGACCACACAUGCUCUCAGCAAAAGUGGGUUUAAAAGCCACUGUUCUAAAGACAGGGCACAGCCUGCCUUGGGAAUACUCUAUUUGAACUUUAAGCCACUCUUGGUUGACAGCAAUUGAACAACUUACUGGUAACUAUGGUACUGAGUGAGAACAACACAUGAUGUGAAUGAGUAUUACCUGGCAGCUGUGGUGACCUAACAGAGUGUGGGGAAAGGUUAGCAAGUGGCCAACUGAUGCAUGCCAUGUGACUUCAGAUCUUGAGCAUCAUACCUGAUGGUUGCAUGAAGGUCAUAUGAGCGUGUUUUUCUCCCAUGUUUUGACCAGAUUAGAGUGACUACUUGCAUCCAUGGUGGUAAAGUUUUAGAGUUGUGCUCAGACUGAAACUAUCAUGAGGCUCAUUAUCUGGGGACUCUCCCAUCCUAAGGGUAAGCAGCCCCCAGGCACAUUGUAAUUGCAACUGUGCUUAUGAACUUACCCAUAAUGCAACUUGUGGAAGGAAAAAAAAUCACUAUUGCUGUAUGGAUCAUGUAAAUACAUUUAAAUGAAGUGAGAUGCUAGAGCUAUUGCUAUAGUAAUUCUUUGAAAACCAUAUAGAGUUAAUUUUAUGCUUAGUUGGAUCAAUGUAUCAAAUGAAUUGGUUUCUGUCCCCUUGAAUUUAUGCAGGUAGUAAUGUUUGAACAAAGAUUUGCUACAGCAAAGCAAAUAUUAAUAAAUACAGAAUAAUAAAUGUAAAAUACAAUGACUCAUUCUCUUGUGGUAGGAACAUAAACCUUAGCCGAACUUAGGAAAGACUACCAGUAACUACCAGAUGGAUUUAUUAUGUAAAUAACAACUUUUCACACGUUUUUGAGUGUUUUUGCUCUCAGUAGAACAAUCUGAAGGUUGUUAGUAAAUGUGUUAUACAUAUUCAUGGCAUAGACAUUUGUACAUGUUCACAUUCUGUCAUAAGACACUAUUACUAAAUUUACAUGAAGGGGUGUUUGUGGGGAAAUGAGUGGAUUCAUUUGACUUCCAUGCAAUUUUCAGGCUGUUCUAAUCCAGGUCACAUGGGCUGCAGUUCUAAACCUCCAAGUCUGAAAUAAGCCCUUCUAGGUAAUAAUGUGCCAUUCAUCCAUCACUCUACUCCAUUGCCAUUCAGUAGCUUUCCAUUUUAGAGGUCUCUAGUCAAUGACCUGUCCCUAAAGAAAAAACUGCUGUAUUUGCAAGCAUUUCUGAAUGGCAGAGAACUGCAAUUAGGAAAAAAAAAGUAUAUAGCACCCAAAUCAGUUGCUGAAGUUUAAUAGUCCCCAUUACAUUUUGAGCUGAUUGUUUGUGAGGUUUAAUGAAAUCUACAGAGCUUUGCAAAAAACAUGUCUGAGGGAAGCAGUAGAAAAAGGAUCAGUAUCUCUUGGUGUCUGUGUAUUCCAAACAGAAAAUCAAACAGAAAAAGAAGAGCUUCUUUUUAAUAUCUCCUUUUCUCUUAAUUUCUGUAAUUUUUUUGGCAUUGUUCAAAAAAUAAUAUCCCACUGGCUGUUCCCACUGAGAUUUUAAUCUGCAGUCAUACUAGUGUAAAUUAUGUAUGUAAAAUACCAUUUUACAUAGCUGUAUAAGCAGCAAUUUUAUUUUCAUUAAGUCUUAAGUUAAAAUUUGCACCUAUGUUAAAUACUCAUGGCUUAAAAUAGAUGGUCUGAAAGCACAGAACAUUAAAUAUGUGUUUCCAAAGGUACAUAAACUUCUAGGCAGUAAUAAAGGAGGAUAUGGAUUUAUCUGUUAUCUUUGUGAAGUCUUAACUUUUGACUUCUAAAAAAGAAUGGUUUUGCUAGAGUCACUUUGAAUCUUUCUACUAGCAAAUGAAGACACUGACAGUCAGUGCUUUUUAUUUUGUGCUUUUUAAAUACAAAGAAAGAAAACCCUACCUUCUGAGGUUUAGUGUUUAACAUGCUUAGAGAACCUCAUUUGAGUAAGAUAGGUUUAACUUCCCCUACAAAUGCAUGGAGACCAGAGUGAUACGAAUACUGGUUUGUCUCUUUCCUUAAAAAUAUUAAAAGGAAAAGCAUUAGAAGGUAGGCAUAAUUAAGCUGUUACAACACAAUACAAAGCACCUUGGCUCAGUUACUUUUGGAGGCAAAUAAUGAUGGGCUCAGCUCUUGCAGUGUUAGAUCUAAAAAAUUCUUAAGUCUCGUGCUUGUUUGGCGUAGGAUCUUUCUGGACUCAAACGCUGAUGUUGCUGUGCUGCAGAUGGUUGUUUUAGGUCUGUGAUUGCCACCUCUCCUGCAGCACUUGGCUUUGAGCAUGCUGUAGCAUGGAUUGUUCCACUGGUCACACAGGGCAACAGGCUGGAGUUGUUUGGGUUUUUUUGGGGUUUUUUUUUGGAUUGAUGCUGGUCACUUGCCAGACUGUUUACUUCCAGCCCACAGGAAGAUGGCUGAUAGAGACAGACAAGUAUCUGCAGUGACUAAAGGAGCAUGGAGAGCAACAUGCAAAUACUAAUUUGUCUUUUGUGUGCAUAAUCACUCUUUAGAAGUGGCAUUGAAGGAAACCCUGUCAAUUAGUUUAGCUUAUUGUUUUAUCUUGAUAGAAUUUACGUAGUUUGAAAGCAAUUUCUGUGCAGCUGAAAGCGAGGUAGUUCAGAAAGCAGAGGUAAACAAGUGCUCUGUUAUACUUGGAACCCACAGUCAGUACCUCACAUAAUGCACUUGUGUUCUGGUGAGGAGGAGCUGUGCAAUAACACCAGUCAAAUUCACGAAGCCAGAAGUGAUACUCUCAGAAUUUCUGAUUAUGAAAGCAACAGAUUGAGUUAUCACACCAGAGUCUUUGCAAAAAUGCUGAAGGAUAGUUUAUAUGUCAUUUAAUGCAGUUCAGGGUAGUGAACACUAACAAUAUCAUUGAUCAUAAAGGUGAAAAAAGUUAUUUUAUUUGUAUAUUCAUACUUGCAAAGUGAAAAUGCAGAGUUUAAUUGUUGCUUUCAGUUUAAAUCACUUAAUAUGUGGAUGCUUCCAAAAGAAAUCUAAUAGUGGCACAUCAAGUGCUUCACUGUGUUGCCCCUGUCAAGCCAUCAUGCCAGUCUAACAGCUCUAUUACCUUUGCUAUUUCCUCCUUAGAAAUAUUUUAGCCACUGCUAUAGCUGUAUUUGAUAAUAAAUUAAAACUACUCAUAAAUGUGUGCAGUGUAUAAAACCUGUUCUUUAAAUGAGAUUAAGUUCUUGAGAAGUUGUAACAUGAUAUUCUACUACAUUCUACAAAGGGUUGUUAGUUGGCUGAGAGGAACUCAAAAGUGCUUGAAGUUUGCAUGGAAUUAGUUCCAACAAUCCCUAUAUAAAUACAUUUUUUUAAACUCCCAUUUCAUUGUUUUAUGGGCAGGAAUCUAAAAAGUGAGAGAUCAGAUCAGGAUUUAUUCUGCAAGUUCCACAGACAAGUAAUUUGCUAUCAAGCAAAAACUAAUUCUGUUAAUUUAAGAAAAUAAUUCCACUGACCUGGAAUUUGAGGUCAUGAGUGCAAUACUUGAGAAAUAUGGAAUUUUGGCCAAAUAAAUUCCUGUUAUUAAUAUAUGAAUCUGUUACCUUUUCUAUUUAGAUUUAUCUCAGAAUGGGAAAGGCAUUUGGUGACAAUAUUUUAUAUAGCACUAAGCCUUAAUGAUCUUAGCCUGAGAAUUUGUGCUUAUGGAAGAGUGCAGAUUAGUUGAUGUAUAAAAGUAAACCAAAAAGAAAUCUCUAAAAAUUAGAUCUCAGUGCUAUUUUUCAGUAAAAUUAAAACCACUUUAGAGGGUGCAGGUGUAAGACAUUUCAGACAGCUUGCAUAAUUAUAGUUUCAUGCAGUAACGAAUAAAAAGUAAACACUGAGAAAGAGAACGUAAUUUGAAAAUCCAAGUGUUCUUAUAGCUGUUCAAGACAAUGUGUGUGUAAUUGAAGUGUAACUCUACACAGAGAAUAUUUGAUAUUCUGUACUGUGCUUCAGAGGCUGCUGUAAUACUGUUUAACAUGACUGAUCUGGUUGUGGGUUGAUCUUCAAAAUCCAUUAUUCUUUCAAACAGGUGAAGAAAAACCAAGUGAUCAGCUGCUGACUUAGGGGCCAGGUACAACUGAGCUGUGGUUUCUGUGGCAUUACCUUGAGGGAUGGCUGUGCUAAUGGGGAGGCAUCUGUGUGAGAACUUGAGCUCAAGUGGAAACAGGUUACUAUGAUACACAGCAACAUACACACACCAAAUUAAGUAGCAGGAGUCCCCUGUCUAUGAUCUAGUCUGCAAAGUAUGUCAUACACAUCUCCUGGUUCUUGGCUGCAAGCUGUUGCCAUGGCCUGUGGAAGGUUGCUAAGUUGCAGAAUGUUUACACUCUCAUUCUAGACUGCAAUUCCUAUUUCCAAGGGUUUCUUUAUAUCUGGAUGAAAGUAAUGUUUCUUAGCAAUGAUUAUUUGUGUGACAGGUAAGUGAAUUUAGAGAAGCUUGUCAAGUCAGCCAAUAUAAAGUUUCUUUAAAAUAAAGAGAUGUGCAGUGGAAAAUUUGGUAAAUACAUGAAACCAGGAAGAUAAGCAGCAGCAAUGUGUUGUAUUGAUGCAGUGAUACAACAACAGAUUCAUAUAUGGAAAGAAGAUAAGAGAGUAUAUGCUCCGUAUGCUGUUACAUACACUUGAGCAUUAAAUCUCUGUUUACACUGAGAAAAAUCCUUUAGUUUGUGUUUGCUUAAUUUUUAAAAAGCCAGUAAAGGUUUCCCUUUACUGUUCCAAUUCCAAAGCUGUUUGAUCAUUAUACAAUAAAAUGGCUCUAUUUCUAACUUACCUAAAAUCUAGUUGAACUUUUCAGCAAGACUUCAAUUUUUUUAGGCUGUUUAUUAAAUUCCUGUCAGUUUUGGAGCUUAUUAAAUUUGGAGUUAAAAUUAAAUUAAUAGAGUAUAUUAAAUUUCUGUCAGUUUUGGAGCUAGAAACUUCCUGCUUAAGCACAUAUUGAGAAGGAAAUUUUCUUGUCAAACUUCCUUUCCCAUGGUUGCUUUUCCCACCUUUUAUUCAACAUCUACUGCUGUGUGUGACUUCCUGAAAUAAUGCUGGUCAUGCAGAAAACAAUUUCAAUUAAAAAGUCUGCAUAAUGAAAAUUAAGGAAUUAAUUUUUUCUUAAAAUGGCCCCAGGAAUAUAAUAUACAGGAACUUUCUAUCAGUCAGUAAUUUCCUGGGGAUCCCAAGAACACUGAAACCUGCACAGGUACAGAGGGUACUUUAGACUGGAGCACAGUUAUUAGGACCUGUGAGCAUCGGCUUUUGAAAGUGGACGGAUUAUUUAAGUCUCCCCAGAAAAAAGACAGGCACAUUGUUCUACUUAAAAAUUAAUCUGUUAUGUUGCACUUAAGUUUUGGGUCAGAUUGCAUUCUCUUAACUAAUGAAAUAAAGUUUUGCUAUUCUGUACAGUCAAGUAUUUGUUUUUGCAGUCUUGUUUCUAAAGAGCAAAAACACUUCUUUUUUCCCUUACAUAGAUAUUUUAAUUAGAAACUUGAUAUAACAUUGGUGAUAACAGGCUGGUUUCAAAAAUAAAGCUUACAAUGAGUUAAUAUUGUAAUGAUUACUGCUACAUACUGUUUUUCACUCAAGAAUCUCCAGGUGAUUUGAUCUCCAAGUAAGCAUUUGGCCUCUCUUGUCCCUUUGUGCCCAGCAGAAGAGCUGUGUUCCUCCUAGGGCUACCAGAACUCUGGGUUGGCUUGGGUCACAGCAUCCCACUGCAAAUGCACCACAGAUAACCUGGAGCAUCCCUCCAAAAACUGUGUGGCUUACUCUGGGCAGGAAAGGAGCCAUGUGCUGGACUAGUCUGCAAUAUUCAUUGAUUUCUGGACAUCGAUGAACCUGAUGGGACAUCUGUAAGGGCCCCAUGCUGGAAUAUGUUGGGACUUUUUCCAGCUCCCAAGGCAUAUGAGGCUGGGGAGGAUGCAGACGGCUUUAUUGGAUGUUGAAAAAAGAAACCUACCAGAUCAGUUAUUCCUGUAUGUAUUUCUAUCAUGUUUACUGUAAUGUUAUUGUGUAUUUAUACUGCCAAGUCUCUUGUAAAAACAACAAACUUUUUAAAAAAUAUGCUACACAAACUCCCAUGCAAAAAUGAAAACCAUCUCCCAUAGUGUCCUACCUGCUACUGCAGAGUAAGUUUUCAGUGUAAUUCCUAAAAUGGUCAGUCCUGACAGAAGUUCUGUAGCUUAGCCUGCAUAAAGGGUUGUUCCUAACAAUAAGCAGCUAGAAUGGUUCACGCAGUUAUCACUGCUCUGACCCAGCUCAACUUAAAACUAAAAAUUAUGGAUAGCAGUGCUUAUCUGUUAACAAGUUCUUUAAUUCUUAGUCUUCUUUCAGUCUUCAGUCUAUAAAGGUAUUCCUUAGCUACUGUAUUGUCAAAUUAGAAGUAUUGGUGAGAACAUUAGUUCAUAGUUCUAUCAGAAUUGAUACAAGAGGGACAGUUAGAAUUCAAUUAGAAGGUCUGGGUCCAUAGAUUGAUUAGAUUAAUCAACACAAUUAACUUUCACUUAAACCAGUGGUCUUAAAUUAUUUGCACUAGAAUAGGGUUUCUUUCAUAUUUAGCUCAAUCUCUUUGAAGAAAUACAGGCUUUCUAAAUUUUUCAGCAAUGAACAUUUUACCCAAAUCACUAAUACAUCUAAAUCAGUUUAUCACAUAAUAUAAAUGUUUGCCUUUUUUACAAGCAAGACUGCGUACCAUGUGCUGCCUUUCUCUUUUCUAUAAUUAGCAGAAACAUUUGGAAAUUGCAAUAACACUUUCUCUGUAUCUUUACAAGAAAGAAAAUGACCUAAAAAGGGAAGAAAGGCGAGUCUAGGAAGGAGCACUGCUAAUCUAAACAUCACCCACAACUUGCAAUCAGGAACACCCCCUCCCUUCUCCAACCAGAUCUUUCUGUAUUUGUGUUUUGUUUUUGUUAUUCAAACUCUCUCUCUUCACUACAGACUUCCCUACUUGGAAAUAUUAUCAUGUGAGAUCACUGUACAGCAAUAACAAAUAAAGCUGUUCCAAGCUGCAAACUGGGCUAUGGGGUACAAGUUUGGAAUCAGUAAAGAACACGUACACUGCAGACACAGGCUACCCCAACGUGGAACUAUUAAGUUUAUCGGUCAUUUUAGUACUGUUCACAUUGAUCAGAUAACUGUGUGCUAUCUCUAUACCGAAUGGGCACUUUUCAGGUAAGAAACUUGUGAAGAAAAAUACGACUUUCCACUUGGAAAGCUGAAUUUUGAACUGCUGUACACUGUCAGACUUCUAAACUACUAUCUUUACUAAAAUUUCAGGCAGCAAUACUUUGCCCACGCUUUCUGAUUGUAACAAAUGAUUUAAAACUCUUGGCUUCACAAAAAUGCCACAAUUUUAUCCCUGAAAAGACACUAUAAGAAAUUAGACUUCUGCAGAAGGUUAGAACUAUGAUUCUGUAAAAGUUUAGUGCACAGCAAGUGAAAAUGCCUUUAAAUACAUUACAUGUUUGCAAAUAAAGUCACAGCUCCAAUUUCUGGACAUUCAGACUUCCCUAGAAUCCUUUCUAGGAUGCAGCCAUUAGGCAGAAAACUGAAGGCAUAACUAAUGGUUGGUUGAUGUUAAGCUGGUACACAGCCUCGGUGAGUCCUCCUGUGAGAUCCCCACCACCUGCACAAAUUUUGGAUAAUAAACAAGCUGAUUAGUUGGAAAUUAAAUAAGGCUAUGUGUUGGUACAGUUUAGGUGAAAUCCACAAAGCAGUUGAUUCUUGCAGAAACUGUGAUCUCUCGAGUCUCUUCUUGCACGCUAAUGCUGUGUAAAAAUAAGCUGUCUUUUUUUUUCAUACAAUUCUUCCCUUUUUGCCAGUUAGAAACAGCUUUAGCAAAUGCCUGGGAUGGUAGCAGCAACAAUAAACUGAAGGCUUUAAAAUAAACUUGGCACUAAGUCUCACUGUGUUGCUAGUUCACUGUUCGAUUUGAGGUCAAUCCAGGCUUCCACUCAGCAAGUGCCUGCUCUAAGUUAAGGAUACUGAGAGAUCCUAAACAGCUGUGAGGGGCACAAAUGCACAGUGUUUAUUAUUGCAAUAUAGACAAACUGCUAAGAUGGUAGUUUGUUUCCACAGGAAUCAACAAUUGAAACUAUUUUUUGUGAUAGUUAAAAGCAGCUUGAUUAUUAGGGUUUUGCCCCUUUGUGCCAAAGCUUUGUGAUGGGAACUGUAAGGCUUGCCAAGUUGGAGUGAGGACUUACUAUAGUGGGAAAAAAAAACCCAGAAAGGAAAGUCAUGUUUGAUUUGUGGGUUUGAUUUGUAAAAGAUGACUGGAUUAGAGGGAAAGCUUUUAGGUUUCAGAAUACUGUUGAGGACUGUAGGUGAAGAGCACUGGCCAGGCAAUACUAGAAUAACAGGUCAUUUUGGCAAAGGAAACGAUUGUUAAUUCCUUAAGAGGAUUAGGGUGACAGUUAAAACUAAAUUUAGGGUUAUGGCAAUGGCUCAGCUGUGGAAGUACCUCAUGAACUCCAUCAGUCCCAAAUACUAACAGUAAAUGGAACUACUCCCCACUUCCCCUUCCUUUAGUCCAGCUGAAAUUCCAGUUUAGAAGGUGAUGAAUCAUAGACCAUGCAAAUCUAACAGGGGGAGGAAAACCCAUACAUUUGCCUUUGCUUCUUGACCUUAAAAACAAACCUUACAGCUCCUCAGUCUCAGAUCUAAUGGUAAUAAAUUUUAUCCUGUCUACAGCCCCCACUCAGCCUGCAAUUUCGCUAAUAUAAACUACUCUUUUGUUCCCACUAUCCCCAGCCAUGGGACAUCCCAAGACAAUUUAUAUUUCUAACUUUUAUCUCAGUCUUGCAGAAUCCACCAGUAAGAUACAGUUUUUCAGUCCUUCCUGUUGAUCUCUCAAUGUAACCUUAAUCUGCAGUAGGGCUUUUGAGGAAAACACAGGAAAUCAAGCUGGCCACUUUCUGUCAUCUUUAACCUUAAUCUAACACACAAUAUUGAGUGACACAAAAUGGACUAAGGCAGAUCCUGGAGAAGAAAUGGACUGAAUUAUUUUUAAAGAUACUGCUUGACACAUCAGCGUCUACAGAACAAUCUUUUAUUGUUCCACAAGGCUUACAGGUCUAUGAUGAGGACUCAAUAUUUACAGGCAUAAAAGAGUUCAGAUUUUUCCAAAUAUGGAUGUUGCUGGUCUCUCUUUACACUGGGGCUUAGACAACAGCCAGGAACUGAACUGUCAAUCAGAUGUACUAUUGGAUCCUGCAGUUUCUUAGCUGAGGCUGUGACUGGAAUGAACAGAAGCAUAUGGUUUUAUGUAGACACUAUAUGCUGGGGUGAUUCUAGGAUUUCCUGUCAUGCUCCAGCUUUAGGAUAAAACCACAAAGUUGUUACAUUCUGUCUUGUCCAUGCUGCUAAAAUGAAGGUGUAUGGAAAAGAGAGACAUCUGAAAGACAAUUAUGAGAUAGGGUAUGGGUAGCUGAACUGUAAGGUUGAGCAAAAACAGAUUAAAAUGUACUGCACUGUUCCAAAAAGGCAGCAGUGCUACAUUGAAACCAGCAGAAAUGGAGGACAGCAACAAUUCCAUUUGCUUUGGUUACGUCUGGAAAAGUGGAAUAUCACUUACACAAGUUCAGUGAGUAUCAGUGAAAACUGGCUAAAGCACACUUAAAAAUAAAUUUGGCAGCACACACACUUCGGUGUCGCCACCCCUGAAUAAAGGAAACAAACAGCCAUCUUUUGAGGCAGGAUUUCUUUUGACUCAUUGAAAGGCCUUCAUCCUGUUCCCAGAACUUGACCUAAAUAAAGUAACCACUCCUCUAUUUCUGUCCUUAAAAGUUUCUGAAAUGGGUGUAUUCAAAGCAGGGACCGCCCUAUAAAUGGCUGGAUUACAUCCUCUUCCUCAGUCUUUUUAAGCCCUGAAUAUUGCUACACGUAGGAGUUGCCAAAUUUUCCUCUUCUGGCUGUAAACAGAAAGCGUGCAAUGAACUCCAGAUUUCUUUUAAAAGCUUUCUAACCUCCCUCAGCAUUUCACAUUUCUCACCACGGCUGGCUAGCUGUCAGCGGGGAAGACACAAACAUCAUGAACACUAAAGCGUUAUUUGCAGCCAGUCCUGAUUUGUAGUUGCACGUAUGGCAAUUUUUAAUGAUGCGUUUGCUGCGCUAAAUUAAGCCUGGGCUCUUGGGAGUAAUUGCAGUGGCUUCCUUUAAUGCGGCAAUAAUCAUUGUUAAAGUCAGCAUACGUGACGCGUAGCCUUUGGCAACCAAGACAGCCAGCGUUUAGCUGCGGAGAGGAUUUUCCAUCCCCAUUUUAGGAGGCGAUCGGGGGUCGAUGUUGUCGGAGGGGAAGUUCCCUCGGCUACGUGUGUGCGGCAGCCAAGCCCCGAAACCAGCGCCCCGGGAACGGCCCCGACCGAAGGAGCCACCGCUCGGGCUCCGCCGAGCCCAGGGGCAGCAGCGCUGUCCGGGCCGGUGUCCGGGGCAGGGGCAGUGUCCUGGGCAGUGCCCGGACCCCGGCGGUGUCCGGCCCCCGGCGGAAGGGCGGGCCCGGGCGGCGUCCCAGCGGCGGCCUUGCUGCCGGCCUUGCUGCAGCAGCGGCAGAGCUCGUGUUAAACCACGUUCUUUGUGCGGCAGUGAAAUGCUGUUCCGCUUCGGCGUGGUGCUGCCCGCCCGGGUGACGGAGGGCGGCGCGGAGCUGCUGGUGGCCGGCUCGCGGCCGGAGCUGGGCGAGUGGGACCCGCGGCGCGCCGUGCCCAUGAGGCGGGCGCGGCCGAGCGCCCCGCUGCCCGCCCAGGAGCCCGCGCUGUGGCUGGCGGAGGUGGCGCUGCCGGACGAGGACGCCGCCGGCCCCUUCUGGUACAAGUUCCUGCGGCGGGAGGGCGGCCACUUCCUCUGGGAAGGUAGUGGGCCCCAUCAUGAUCGAAGUUGUGUUUACAACCAGAGCAACAUAGUAGAUGGAGUUUACUGCCUUCCAAUAGCACACUGGAUUGAAGUCUCUGGACAUACUGAUGAGAUGAAACACACAACCGAUUUCUAUUUUAAUAUUGCAGGACAUCAAGCUAUCCAUUACUCCAGGAUUCUGCCCAACAUCUGGCUGGGAAGUUGCCCUCGGCAGCUGGAGCAUGUCACCAUCAAGCUGAAACAUGAGCUGGGUGUUACAGCUGUGAUGAACUUCCAGACUGAAUCUGACAUUGUUCAAAAUUCCUGGGGCUGCAACCGCUACCCAGAACCCAUGAGCCCCGAAAUCCUCAUGAAACUGUAUAAGGAAGAAGGUCUUGCCUAUGUCUGGCUGCCAACUGCAGACAUGAGCACUGAAGGAAGAAUACAGAUGUUGCCACAAGCUGUCUGCCUCCUGCACGGGCUGCUGCAGAACGGACACACUGUCUAUGUUCAUUGCAAUGCUGGUGUUGGCAGGUCCACAGCCGCUGUCAGUGGCUGGCUGAAGUACGUGGUGGGAUGGAGCCUGCGGAAGGUGCAGUACUUCUUGGCUUCCCGGAGACCAGCUGUCUACAUAGAUGAGGAAGCUCUGAAUCGUGCUGAAGAUGAUUUCUACCAGAAGUUUGGGCAUCUUCGUUCCUCAUACCAAAUACAAGAGUAGAAAAGUACAAGAGGAAAAGGAAGCUAAAGAGGAAUCCUCAUAUUUGAAGCCCAAGGACUUAGAAAUCUCUGUGACUCAGGCACCCACCUCUUAUCUUCAGAUGAUAAACUUCUUGUAAAAGUGAUGAGGAUUUUGUUUAGAAAGUGCCUUAGUGUUUUUUUUAUUUGCUUUCUUUAAGCUGACAUGAUUCCUGUUUUCAAGCCUUUUGGUGCAAUUAUGAGACCUAGAAAUUCUGCAAAGUGAAGCAAGAUUUUCUUUUAACUACUUGCCUGUAGGAACUGAGGUUUUAGGGUAGACACUAAAUAAGAUGUGAGGUGAAAUAGAGAAAAAAAUACAAAGAUUGACUGGACUAAGGUUCAGGUUAGGAUGGAGAUCAUCAUCAAAGCUGCUCAGUUGUUUGAAGUGGACAUUAGAUUGUUGCAGUGUUUUGUAGUAAAUUUGUAGACAAGUGAUAUUAAUGAGAAAGACCAAAAGGAAACUAGUUCUUCAACUCAGUGUUUAAAAACAAAAUGCUAAAGUCUAAUGCAAUGAGCUAAGAUUUGCUCUUUGUCCAUCUAGUUAAUGUUAAAUAUUAUGAUCUUCGGCUAUAUUCUUUUAUGACACUGGGGUUAUGCUGGGGUGUGGCAUGAAGAGGGACACAGCUCCAGCUGUAGCAGCCUUUCUUUGUUGUGGGGGCAGAUAAUAUUUGUUAUAUUAUCUUAGGCUGUGAGUUUGCUGAAUUGAAGCUGAGUUUUGCUCCUCUGGUCCAUGCAGUGCUGUACAGGGGCUCCUUUAGGUGCCAAGACAAUCUGAGCAGUAACCAUUGGGGUAAGACAGGACCUGUAGGAAUUGUGUGAUAAGCAGUGUGCACAACUGGCACCACAGCCUCUGGGCUCUAUCUCUAGAUAGACUAAUAUCACCAAUACAGCAAAAGCCUCUCCUUGUGCAAGCAGUGGGUGUGUGUUAGAUUUAGCUGAUUGAAUCUAAUGCUGGGCUAUCUCUGGGCUGAAUGAGUACAUUCCUCUAUAGGAGCAGAUAGCAACUCUGCAGAGGAUGGUUUCUCAGCACUAGCUUUGUGGAUGAUCCCUAAUAUUUUCCAUUGCUGCUUGGUCCCUCAGCUAAACUCAGCUAAACUAAGCAGUGGCAUCAACAGCUUCCAGUCCCAAUCAGAUAAAACCAAUUUGCUGUAGGUUCAGUUCAAGAGAGGAUUAAUGAUGCAUAAACAUUAAGAAACAUAGUUUCUAUAGGUUUGUUCUUCAGUGAAAUCUCAUUUUUUUUUUCCCAGCCAACUUAUUCCUCUAAAGAUGCAGUUAGUUUAAGUAUGAAAUACUGAUUUUCUGAAUACUUAAUGGAGAAACUGUUAGCUAUGAACUGUUUAUGGAGAAUGUCCAAAAUAAUAUAUUUUAUUUAUCCUGUACUUCAAUCAUCUUGAAAAGAAAAAUGUUUAAGUUAUUCUAUGUGUGGUUUUGAUCAUGACUUCAUUUCUGACUUUUUCAAAUAACACUGUCUGUUUAGAAAAUAGAUGAGAAAAGUUCUCUGUUAAAUAAAGACAAAAUUACUAUCCCAGCA